AAAUGAGGAAAGUGAGAAAGAAACUCUUGCAUUUGGGGUCUUUGCACGACCGACCAUUCCAAGGAAGAAAUAGAGAGAGGGCCAAUUGGGAUCAUUCAAGUCAACUGCCGUGUUGAGCAGAUCUUUCAACAUCAUCUAUUCUAAAUUAUAUUGAAUUCUGCACUAGCACAAAGUUCAAAAAACUGAUGAGUUUUUAGGAAUAUCAUUUCACUCCUGUUUGUUUUGUUUUUGCUUUUGUGUGUGGUUGCUUUGGUUUUUUUAUUAUUUUCUGGGAAUUUCCAUUUCAAUGGAUGUUCCCUUCUUUCGUGCUAUCUUUCUCCUCUCUCAUCUUCUUCUUCUUCACUCCUUCUCGGCCAAAGAAGACAACAAAAACCAGAAUACUUGUCCCAAGUCCUUCGACUGCAAACCAUUCCAUCAACCACUAAGCUUUCCAUUCUCCAAUUCUAUGUAUCCCCAAUGUGGGUUGUGCACGGUAACUUGUGAUGAACCUUCAAAAAUCCAACUGGGAAAUGAAGGGCGGUGGUAUGAUGUAGUAGCAAUAGAGGAAAAAUUAUCCGGUAUCAUUUUACAAAUCCGUGACCAAUUUCUAAAAACCCAAAUAGGAAAUGAAAGUUGUGAUGUCUUCAAGAAUUUGAGUUUUCCCAAUACUUCUUCUAUUUCAUUCACAGUCGAUCCACCAUAUCUCACCUUCUUCAAAUGCAACAAAAGUUUUCCUUUUGUCUCCCCCAAAGAUCAUUUUCAUAAUUACACAAACUGCAACGACUACAAUUUGUACUAUAAAUAUUCUUCAGACUAUAAAGAUCCAGACCAUCAAUCCUCCCCUUCUGUACCUCUUUCACCUAGCUGCUCAGUAAUUCAGCUGCCCCUGAAUUUCUUAAAUACGAAUUCUAAUGAGGAUGACCCAUUCAAUCUGUUAACCCAUACCUUCUCUCUCGAAUUGCAUGUGUCUGAGGAUUGUCAGAGGUGUUACCAAGAAGAAGGAGGCCAAUGUCAAAAUGACAACCAGAAAUUUCACUGUGCAACCACCAAUAAAGCAGGAACAAAGCACAGAUGGAUUCUAGCCGCAGCUUUACCUGGAGGUGUUAUCUGCUUGCUCAUAUUUAUUAUUAGUUGUCGUAAGAAAUGGGAUUAUAUCUCUUCAUGUUUCGUUUCAAGGAAAACUUCUUCAAAUCCUUCCUCAAAAGAUGACAUCGAAGGGGGUACUAUCUUCUUUGGAGUCCAUGUGUUCUCAUACACAGAACUUGAAGAAGCAACUAACAAUUUCGAUCCUUUUCAAGAACUAGGAGAUGGAGGUUUUGGCACUGUGUACCAUGGCAAACUCAGGGAUGGGCGGGAAGUUGCAGUGAAACGCCUAUACGAGCACAACUACAAGCGAGUGACACAGUUCAUUAAUGAAGUUCAAAUCCUCACGUGCUUGCGCCACCGUAAUCUUGUCUCCCUUUAUGGUUGCACCUCUCGCCACAGCCGUGAACUCCUCCUUGUUUAUGAGUACAUUCCCAAUGGCACUGUUGCUGAUCAUCUACACGGUGAUCGAGCAAAGAAUGCCUCACUUACAUGGCCUGUUCGCAUGAACAUAGCUAUAGAAACCGCCAGUGCGUUGACUUACCUCCAUGCUUCUGAUAUUAUCCACCGCGAUAUCAAGACUAACAACAUACUCCUCGACAACAACUUUUGUGUCAAAGUUGCAGAUUUCGGGCUUUCAAGACUCUUCCCCACCGAUGUCACUCAUGUCUCAACUGCUCCACAGGGGACUCCUGGUUAUGUUGAUCCAGAGUAUCACCAGUGUUACCAACUCACUGAUAAGAGUGACGUCUAUAGCUUUGGGGUUGUGCUCAUUGAGCUCAUAUCAUCACUGCGAGCUGUUGACAUUAGAAGGCAUGGGCAUGAGAUUAAUUUGGCUGACUUAGCAACAAACAGGAUUCAAAAUCGUGCAUUUGAUGAGUUAAUUGACCCUUUUCUUGGGUUUGAUUCAGAUUCCUUGAUUGAGAGGAUGACUACCUUGGUGGCAGAGCUGGCUUUUCAGUGUUUGCAACGUGAAAAGGAAAUGAGGCCUACAAUGGAUGAGGUUUUGGAGGCUUUGAAGGAAAUUCAGGAAUACAAAUAUGACAACAUCAGGGGGGAAAUCGACACUGUUGGGGUGUUGAAUUGUACCCAGCCACCACCUUCGCCCGAGACUGAUGACGUUGUGUUGUUGAAGAAUAGCAAGGCAGCACUUUCACCGGAUUCAGUGACCGAUGGAUCGGUUAGUACCUCUGCCACAUCCAUUUCCAGUGGCUAAGGCUUCAUUUUACUCUGCUUUACUUCAAAGGUAGAUCCUAAGAAAAUGUUUGACACUUGUAAUCAUAUUCAUGCGAGUGGAUUGCAUUUUGUUUUCUUUACAUAUAUGGUUGUCUUGUUACUGAUAUAUAUCAGAUAAUUAUAUUGAGGGAAUGUAUACAGUUAAUGGAUCUCUCAUUUGUAUGUGCACAUUCCCAUUUCCCAUUUCCCAUUUCAGUUAUGGUUCAAUUCCCAUUUCA